UAUCGAUAUGAUAUGAUUGCCCGAAGUCGUUUCGGCGGGAAACUAUUUAUAUUUAUAUAAUUUAAUGAAAGAUUUAUUAAAUUAAUCAGUUACAUGUCCGUGAGGAGCGAAGCUGGAAGAGCAGUGCAAUCCGGCAUCCAUUAGAAGUCAAAACUAGCGAAAAGUCCACACCGCCCACAGCAACGUUCCGGUUUCCAACCCCUCGCCGCCAGCGCCUCCGCCUCCCGUUUCCAGGCUGCUGACGGAAACAGCGGCAGCGGUGGAAAACAUCUCCAUUCAGCCGGGAAAACAACAGCAACAGCAAUGAGCGAGCCCGAGCCGCAGGAGCUGGGCGCCGAGGUUGUCAGCGGAUCGGUGACAGCAUGCGACGAUGGACAGGAGAUGACCAAGGCGAAAUAUACGAACCUGUGCCGGGAGCUUAACAUGGACCGUCAAACGGAGCUGCAAGGCUACCAAAUGUACCAUGAGGUGUCCCAGAGGUGUUCCCUGGAGGGUGAGUCUAUUCACUGGCUGUGCUGUGCCUUGUAUGCUGCCUGCCGGCGAUCCAGCACGCCGACGGUUAUUGGCCAAAAUGCAGUGGUCAGGGGCAACUGUGUGUCCUUGAAUAAUUUAUUGCGCUGCUGCCAGAUGAGCAUAUACGAUUUCAAGACCAAGAUCAAACAGUGGUGCGACAUGGCCAACCUACCGCAGGAGUUUGUGAACGAGAUCGAAGUCUUGGACCGCAAGUUCAGCAUCACAUUCACUCUGUACAAGCGGUUUCGCACCAUUUUUGAUAAGAUCUUUUCGUGUCCUCCCAACGAGAAGAAGCACUCCAAGUACAUCUCGCUUCAUGGUAACCAUGCUCAUGGCAAGUGCUCAUACAUCAAGCUAGACGACAUCUGCUGGCGCCUGUUCCUCUGCGCCAAGAACCAAAAGCCCAGCAACACCGUGGACCUGGUCACCUCGUUCAACCUGAUGAUUUGCUGCAUCGAUUUAAUAUACAACAAUGUGCUGGCCGAAAAGCGCACCGAUCUCAUCAACCCCAAGUUCGAGGGCCUGCCGAGCAACUGGACGGAGCUGGACUACCGUCACAAGCAACACUGCAUUUUGGCCUACUUUUGCGACAUGACCGAGGAGGCGAAGGCCAUGAAGGCCACAACCUUCCGCCAGAUAAUGUCGAGUUUCUUUAAGACUUCGACCAUCUACGGCAACAAGGACACCAUGCUGGGUUUGCUGGCUAACGAGAACUUCGAGCGCAACCUUAAGUCUCUUAACAUUAGCUACGAGCAGUAUGUCCUUAGUGUGGGGGAGUUUGAUGAGCGCAUACUGAGUGCCUAUGAUGCAGGGGACCAUACUGGGCUCAACGAUCAGUCCCUGCGUCCGCCGGUCACCCCGCUUACCCGCAAACAAGACCUGCCCGCCCAGCCGGCUAUGGCUGGGGACAAAUUCGAGCCCGUCCGCAAUGCCACCAACAACGUUAAGCAGCUUAGCGCCUUCGGACGGAUCACCGAACCCACGGAAUUCGUCAAGCAAGCAGGCGAGGAGGUGAUCGCCAAGCUGCUGAACAUUAUCGAGGAUAUCAAGCAGAAAUUCCUCGCCAAGUAUCCGUCUACAGAAGCGAAGAGCCGCUUUCGACUGGCCAAAUCCUUCUACUUUUACCUGCUAGACCAGAUCCUGCAAGCGGAAAUCCGGAACAAGCCCGAUAUCGAUCUCAAGCGACUGCUGGUGCAGAAGAUCUCGUUGGACAUCUUUAACAUCACGCUAAUGGCCUGCUGCGUGGAACUGGUGCUGGAGGCCUAUGAGACGGAGCUCAAGUUCCCGUGGGUACUCGACUGUUUAAGUAUUAGUCCGUUCGAGUUUCAAAAGAUAAUCGAGAUCGUGGUACGACACGGCUCGCACGAGGGCUGCCUGAACCGCUCGCUGAUCAAGCACCUAAACUCCAUCGAGGAGACUUGUCUGGAGCGAUUAGCUUGGGCGCGGGACUCGACUGUCUGGGACAUGAUCGCCUCCUCCCCGCAGCCACUGCCCACGUCGUUCGUAGUUAACCGCGACCGCUCCGCCGGCGCCCUGCAGAUUUUCUUGCGCAAGGUGUAUCUGCUUGGCUGGCUGCGCAUCCAGAAGCUCUGCUCGGAACUGGGACUCUGCGAGAAGACGCCCGAGUGCAUCUGGCACAUCUUUGAACACUCAAUCACCCAUGAGACGGACUUGAUGAAGGACCGUCACCUCGAUCAAAAUAUUAUGUGUGCAAUAUAUAUCUACAUUAGAGUAAAGCGAAUGGAGGAUCCCAAGUUCAGUGACAUUAUGCGGGCAUAUCGCAACCAGCCGCAGGCGGUGAACAGCGUCUACCGCGAGGUGUUUAUCGGGAUUAGCGACGACGGCAAGCCAAAGGUGAAGGACAUCAUUCACUUCUACAACAACAUAUACGUGCCGAUGAUUCGGCAGUUUGCCAUCGACUAUCUAAAGGUAACGCCGGACGCCUCGGACCUACUGCUCUCCCCUCACCCUAAGGAACGGGCCGCCCAGCCCAAGAAGGUCACUCAGAACCACUCGCUCUUCGUGUCGCAGAUGCCCAAAAACGAGAUCCAGCAGUCGCCCAAUCAGAUGGUCUACAGGUUCUACCACAGCCCCGCUAAGGACCUUCAACUGAUGAACGAAAAGGUACGCGGAGGCAAGCGCAUGCUGAGUUUUGGAGACGAGCCCGGCUUGGGUAUUGCGGAGACGAAGCGCCUAGUGCGGGAUCUGCCGCCGCACCUAAACCAGGUCAAGGCCGAGAUGGACGACCGGGAACUCCAGUCCACCGAGCAGAGUUCCGCUGUGUCGCCCGAGGGAUGCGGCCCGGGCGCAGGAGGAGAGCACGAGACGUAGAUAUGGGGUUUUUGGGGGCAGCUUAGACAUUAGGUUAUCACAACAAAAAAACUGAAAAAAAAAAAUUUGGCGCCGAAGGUCACGCUUCUUACAUGCUGGCUUCACCGGCGCACGUUCGACUAUUUUAUGAUUGUUUUUUUUUUUAAUUAUUAACUCCUUUAGAUUGACAUUUUAACUUAAAAGCAACCGCAACCAAUCGUAUACAUCUCUUUUAUACUUUGUUCAAUGACAGCAAGCAUAUAUUUCAUAUGAUAAUUAUACAAUAUAUGUAAACACCCAAUAAUUUAAAGGGAAUUUUAGUAAAUACCUGAACACCACACACAUCCAUCGGUCGCAGUUCCCCCGAUCCACCCCGAACUAACCGGGGUAAGGCUCGGAGUGGGCUGUGAUCACUAACAAAUCAAUUAAGGAAAGUCUACAUUAUAUAUAUAAAAUUAUAUAAAAAAUACACCUUUUAAAAAUUGA